AUGACUUUAAAUCUUUGUGUACUGACCCCCAAUCGAACUGUUUGGGAUUCAGAAGUGAAGGAAAUUAUUUUAUCUACUAAUAGUGGACAAAUUGGGGUAUUAAAAAAUCAUGCGCCUAUUGCCACAGCUUUAGAUAUAGGUAUUUUGAAAAUACGCCUUAACAAUAACAACCGACAAUGGGUAACGAUGGCUCUGAUGGGCGGUUUUGCUAGAAUAGGAAAUAAUGAGAUCACUAUUUUAGUAAAUGAUGCGGAAAAGAGUAUUGACAUUGAUCCACAAGAAGCACAACAAACUCUAAAAAUAGCAGAAGCUAACUUGAAUAAGGCUGAAGGGAAAAGACAAAAAAUUGAGGCAAAUCUAGCUCUCCGACGAGCUAGGACACGAGUAGAGGCUAUCAAUAGGAUCUCGUAA